ACGUCAUUUCCUGCAAAAGAUGGCGGAGCCGGAGUUGUUACUGGACUCCAAUAUUAGGCUCUGGGUGGUUUUGCCCAUCGUUUUCAUCACCUUUUUUGUUGGUUUAAUCAGGCAUUACAUUUCCAUCCUACUACAGAGCGACAAGAAGCUCACGGAAGAGCAAGUUUCCGACAGUCAAAUUCUAAUCAGAAGUAGAAUUCUGAGAGAAAAUGGCAGAUAUAUUCCAAAGCAGUCUUUCCUUACACGGAAGUACUAUUUCAACAACCCUGAUGAUGGAUUUUUCAAGAAGACCAAAAGAAAAGUUGUUCCUCCCUCUCCUAUGACUGACCCCACAAUGGUGAUGGACAUGAUGAAAGGCAAUGUUACAAAUGUACUUCCAAUGAUUCUUAUCGGCGGCUGGAUCAACUGGACAUUCUCUGGAUUUGUUACAACAAAGGUUCCAUUUCCUCUGACAUUACGUUUUAAGCCCAUGUUACAGCAGGGAAUCGAGCUGCUCUCCCUGGACGCUUCUUGGGUGAGCUCUGCAUCUUGGUACUUUCUGAAUGUGUUUGGACUCAGAAGCAUGUAUUCUUUACUCCUAGGACAAGACAAUGCUGCAGAUCAGUCACGCAUUAUGCAAGAACAGAUGACAGGUGCUGCAAUGGCAAUGCCUCCAGAUACAAAUAAAGCUUUCAAGGCUGAAUGGGAAGCAUUGGAAAUCCUGGAUCAUCAGUGGGCCUUGGAGGAAGUGGAAGAAGAACUUAUGGCCAAGGAUCUCAAUUUUGAAGGAAUGUUCAACAAGGAAAUAGAUACAUCAAUGUUUUAAGGCACCUUAACCAGGGACCCCAGAUUAAACUUCUACCAUAACUAGGUUUGUAGUAAGACAGAUAUUUCUCCUUUUCUUAAAACUUUACUUGAACGCAUUAGAAAUGUCUGGUAAAGCUGUAAGUCACACAAACCACUAAUGUGAGAUUUUACUGUGAAUUUGAAAGCCAUCAGUGUAAAGAUACUGGAUAAGAAUAGAUUGUAUAUUUUCUUGCAAUAUGUCAGGAAUUGUCUCUCACUGUUCAUUCAUAAAAGUUAAAGUUAUUUAUAAGUCCAAGGUGUGUAUGACCAAAUGUAUUGGAUCACUUUUUUGUUAAAAGAAUUAUGGGGGUGGAAAUAAAAAUUACUAUUCUCAUGUGGAUAAGGGUGGUUCUUUGGGUAAUUGAAGCAUUUUAUUUUGCAGUUCUUGUAGGCCAGAAGUAAGUGCACUAUAAUGUUCAUCUUGUGACUAAGUAUUGGCAUUUCAUCAUUUUUUCCAUAUUAUCACCAAGGGAACUGGGUAGCCUUCAACCUAAUGGCAUGAACAUCAAUUUCUUAAACUUCUGAUAAUUGCCCCCCCCCCCCCCCCGCCCCUACCAUUCUCAAUUUCCCUUUUCCUUCUCUUACCUCACGCUGGUGCUCCUUCCCUUCCCUUUCUGCCGUGGCCUUCUGUUCUCUCCUAUCAGAUUCCCCCUUCUCCAACCCUUUAUCUCUUUCACCAAUUGACUUGCCCCUCAGCUCCUUACUUCACCCCCCCUCCCAGUUUCACAUAUCACCUAUUACCUUGUACUACUUCCCCCUCCCCCCAUCUUCUUACACUGACUUCUUAUCUUUUUUCCUGCAGUCCUGAUGAAGGGUGUCAACUGUUUACUCCUUUCCAUAGAUUCUGCCUAGCCUGCUGAGUUCUUCCAGCAUUUUGUGUGUGUGUGUGUGUGUGUGUGUUUCCAGCAUCUUUUUAUGUCCUGCAAAAAAGAAAACUACAUUAAUUAAAGUUUUCAAUGUGAAAUGUUGUAAGUGCUCAGUUCCUUCUGAGUAAACUGCAGAAAUUGAAAUAAAUGCCAACUAAGAAUCUCAAACAGAAGUAAAGCUACACAUGUAUUUUAUAGUUAAAGAUUAGCACACAAUUCAUCACAAACUGGUAGUGUGAAGGGGGAAUAUUGAGCUGGUUUAAUAUUUUACCUUUUUUUUGGUUUUGAAGUAUCACCUUGCUUCAGUAUUUUGAAAUACUAUUUCAGGUUGACUGAUUUUAUAAUGUACAUUUCUUCUGACAUACAAAAUACCUAUUUGUGCAAGAUCAAGUAAAAAGGAAACUGAGUACCUCUAUCCCUCACAUUGUUUAAGCUCAGGGUACAGCUAAAUCAUCCAGCAAAAUAGAGAUUUCUAUCUGUGUGAUGAUGCAGUUAAGUCCUUAUUCAGCAAAAUGUACUUUUCUAAUUACCAUCUAUCAAUCCUGAUCUACGUGGGCAUUUGGCAUUGAUGGGCAUGGAUAAAUGUUUGGUGCACACUAUAACUAACAAAGCACCCUUAAAGUUUACAAGCGAAGAUUUGGUUUUGACCAAAAAAUUAUAUAUCAACAAUUCAGAGAAACAAAAGCAAAAAGCAAAUUAACUUUUUUUUUACCAAAUUUUUUUCACUCAACUUAAGGUUCUUUUAAAAGUUUUUUUUCCAAAUGCACAAUGCAUUUGAAAUUGCCUGGGAUUAAGACUUCUUGCCCUACCUAUUUAUCAAAUCAUAAAUUUUUCUGAACCAUAUUGAAGUGUGCCUCUUGUUUUCCAGGCUAAUUUUGCAUAUACAUUCAACAUUAUUGUAAAGUUUAGUGUUAAUUUGUACAUGGUCUGCUCCCUGAUGGAAGUUUUGGUAUGCCUCAGAUAAAACCAUCCAAUAAAUGGAUGUUUGUGCAUCUGCAUUCAAAGGUUCAAAGGUCCAAUUUAUUGUCAGAGAAAGGUAUACAAUAUACAUCCUGAAAUGCUUUUUCCUCACAAACAUCCACAGAGAACUGCCCCAAAGAAUGAACGACAGUUAAAUGUAAGAACCCCGAAGUCCACCUCAGCUCUCCCUCACUCCCUGCAUGUAAGCGGCAGGAAGCAACGGAUUCUGAUUUUAGCCACAGAUGUUGCCCAUACUUUGCCAUGCUUUUUUUUGUUCUUGGUUUCUUUCUUGAUGAAACUGGCUUACAGUUUUAUAAUGGCUUUUGAAGUGCACUUGGUGGCCCUUCACUUUUAUUUAAAAGCUCAAAUUUGACAACUUCUUAACAACUUCAGUGUUGGAGUCCAGUACAUUUGCUAUUCACUUCCAUCUCCUUACAGACUAUUGGAAAGAUAUUGCAAACCAUGCCUCUACACAUCCCAUCUACAUCUGAAUUUUGACUCUGUACUGUACCUGACUCUCUCUUUACACAAGCAGUGUUUAGUGUGGACUCAAUAGACUGAACAGGUUCUUCUAAGACAUCAUGAAACAUGAAUGUCAACAGGCAGAUUUCUUUGUGUUUUGUUAACAAUAUUUGCAGUAGUGUAUUAGCAUUCCAAUAACUUUCAUUCAAGUGAAAGGUCAUUAUCUUGAAGUGUGAACUAUUUAUUCCAUAGAAAUGGUUUCUUCUGUUGAAUAUUUCCAAAAUUAUUUUGUUUAACAUUCCAGAAUCAUCCUUUUAUGUGUACUCAGUACAGAUUUAAGAGAAAUAGAGCAUUUUUUGGGAGGCCGUGUAGUUUUACCACCAUUGUGUAAAUAGUUGUACCUUGUACAAUUGCUGCAUAAAUAUUACUUCUACUUUGUUCUCCUUUGUCACAGAACUUUAGAUGAAAGUAGCAAUGUAUUAGGUGUAACAAAAAUUAACAAGCAGCAUGAAAAACGUAUAAAUGUGUCCUUGGUGUUUUGGGGACAAAAGACUUUUUUAGAGAAAUUGAUUUUUACUGCUUGUAUUUUAUUACUUUAAUAGUUUUAAUAUCUCUGAUAUAUGUUAAUUAGAUUUAAAAAAACAAACAAUUUAAAGACUGUUACUUGGCAUGGUGUAAUAAUGAUUUGUAUGCUUUAUAAAUAACAGGAAAGGCAUUUCUGACAAUUAUCUUUCUGUUGCAGACCCUUUUUACAAAUUCAGAAUUACUGACUUUCAAACAUGGACUGUAAAAAUGUGUGUGAUUUGCAGCUAAAUCUAAAAGCGUCCCAAAAAUUCUGGGGUUGAGGUGGAAAUAGAUGGUUAAAUGUAUCUCUGUUAUAUAUUUAACAAAGCGCUUCUAGAAAACUUUUGUAUUAUGAUUCUGUUAUUCUUUUGAAUUCAUGGUUUCAUACAAACCAAACAUCUGACAUCUAAUUUUUGUGAGGUUAAGAUCCAAUAUUUACUCAAGUGGUAUAAGAGUUCUGCACAGGAGCAGGCCAUGUGGCCCAGUGUUGUGCUGAACCAGCUAAAAUGUAAAUCAAAGUUACACAAUCACUAAUCCCUCCUACCUACACCAUGUCCAUAAUCCCUCCAUCUUCCUUACACAGAUGUGCCCAUCCAUAUGUCUCUUAAAAGCGCUAGCACAUGCCCUCUAAACCAAGCAGCAUCCUGGUAAACCUGUUCUGCACCCUCUCCAAAGCCUCAACACCCUUCCUAUAGUGGGGUGACCAGAACUGCUUGCAAUACAGUGGCCCAACCAGAGUUUUAUAAAGUUGCAACAUAACCUCCUGACUCUUGAACUUAAUCCCUCGACUAAUGAAAGCAAGAGUUCCAUAAGCUGCCUUAACCACCUUAAUGGACUUGUGUGCCACUUUCAUGAAGCUACAAAUUUGGAUCUCUGCUCAGCAGCUCUGUUAAGGAUCUUGCUCUUAACAGUCUACUGUUUACUUGCAUUUGCUCUAUCGAGGUACAACAGCUCACAUUUAUCUGGGUUAAACUCCAUCUCCCAUUUCUCAGCCCAUGUCUGCAACUGAUUUAUAUCAUGCUGUAUUCUUUCUUUUUAUAGUAUUCUUCUAUACUAUCCACAACUCCAACAAUCUUGGUAUUAUCUGGAAAUUUACUAUCCCUGCAAAGCUCCACUAAUUUUGGACCCUCAGCUCGAAUACGUCCCUUCAACCACUUCCCUCUGUCUUCUGUGUGCAAGCCAAUUCUGAAUCCAAACAGCCAAUUCGCCACAGAUCCCAUGCAUCUCAAUCUUCUGGAUUAGCCUCCCAUGGGGGACUUCAUAAAAUGCCUUACCAAAAUCUAUGUAGACAACAUCCACUGCCCUUCCCUCAUCAAUUGCUCUCAUGACCUGCCAUGUACAAAGCCCUUCUGGCUCUCCCUAAUUAGGCCAUGUGUUUCUAAAUACUCACAUAUCCUAGAAAUGUGAAAUCAUAAAUAGUUUUCUGUACCAGCAAUCUCUAAUGCAGCUAGUCCAGGGAUCCAUCAUGGUGUGUCAAAGGAUUGAGAAGCAAUAGAAUCUAAAUUGGCAUUAUUCAUUUUCCUGUUUUAAUCUCAUUAAAGUUCUUUCUUUGAGGUUUCUUAAUCUUUCAAUUUUUGUUUGUACCCUUCUGAGAAUUGCUCAUGUGAAAAUGUUAUUGUCGAAGGCCAAUAGGGUAUAAUCUGUUAUUGUAUGAGAGGCAUUUCUCCUUAUCUAAUAUACAUAACUAAAACAUCGGUCUUGGUAUCAGUAUAAUGCAUAGGACCGAGUUUGGCUUUCACUUCCUUUAAUUGUAAAUGAAUUAAAAAAGAAAUGGACAAAAGCUCAGAAAUAUUUAUUGAUUGUCAUACAACACUGGUUAUUUAUUAUUUACAUCUAACAGUAUUGCAAACCUGAGCUAAAUCAACAAAGCUUUCUAGCCAAUAACCAUUCUUUUAAAAAAUGUAUACAGCACCCUCAUACUCACCUCAUGAACCUCUUCCUCAUCCCCUAAUGGGAUUCUCACAUCUCUUUAAACUCUUAUACCACAACUUUGCUUGUACAGCCCCUCUUAAUCUUGGUGCCGCAUAUAAUUAUGAAAUCCUGCAUAAGGGGACAUUACAUGAGUGUAACACAUAAAAACGCUGGAGGAAUCAGCAGGUCAGACAGUAUCUAUGGAGAGGAGUAAAGAGUCAAUGUUUCAAGCCGAGACCCUUCAUCUUAAUUUCUGAUAAAACGGCAAAUCUCUUUUCGCUGUGUGCCUCUAGCAUUUUGUCCAUCUUACUCUGGAUUUCCAGCAUCUGCAGAAUCUAUUAUGUUUAUGAAUUUGCAAGAGUACUUACUAUUAAUAUCUUGUCUAGUAUAAUUGCAGCAUUAACCACAACUGAGUCAAGCAAAUUCCACUUACAUUUCCAUUAGCUUCAGUCAUGGGGAUUUUUUUUUCAGCUCCCCACAAUUAAUUAUUUUGAUUAUAGCCCUGGGUAGCUGCUGGAAAGAAUUUUAAGGUCACUGCCUUAUAUUCAGAAUCAGGUUUAUUAUCACUGGCAUGUGACAUGAAAUCUAUUCUUAGCGAGUAUUUAAGGGAAUAUCCCAAGUAAAAUGGAGCUGAUUGAGAAGUGGCUUCCAAAUAUUUUUAUUUUGCAAUUUGACUAGAUUGUAAGCACCAUAUCCAAAAGCAAACUGCAAUAAUUUUUUUCACCCUACAUAAGCAAGGACUAAACUUAGCAAUAUCUAAAAUUGUCAUCUUUAAUCGACAGGCCCUGUUAUUUCAACUGCCCAUAAACUCCCUUGCUGACAUCCUGCACUUUUAAAUAUUCACUCAUAUGUUUGGGAAAUUAUUUCCUUACAUCCAAAUUAGGACACACCUUUCUCUUGGAUCUAUGUAUAUGAGCCCCGUAAUGAAUGUGUACCAUCACAAUCUUUCAUGCCCUGAUCAACUAAUUAAUGUGAUAUGUUGUUCAUCCAAGCUGUAAUGUUUAAAACAAAUAAUAAUUUAGUAUUGAUGCAAAUAUAAUGUCUGUUUGAAUUUACAAAAUACAUUUUCACUGCAAAGUAACAAAAUUCAUUUAUUUUUAUUCUUAGUUUCAUUUCAUUUUUGUUGGGUUGAGGUGCUCCAUUAUCCUUUAGAUGUUGGGAAUGCAUGUAAAGAUGACAUUGGUUUUGUUUCUUACUCAGUUCUAUAAUGUUCUUCAUUUGGAGGGGUUGUAGAAAUGUUUAACUGUUUUUUGUAACAAUAAACGGUUCCUGGAAAUGUAAGUUAGCCCUAAAAUAUAACAAACAGGGAACCAAAAUGUUACAACCAGGACAACAAUUCUCAAUGCUAUCUCAGGUUUUCAAUGAAAAACUGGUUCCUUUCUAAAAUUUAUUUAGGCUAGUGAUCAUUUCAUAGCAACUAGAAAGACUAAAAAUAGAUGACUGUUCAGGGUUCAUGCAGAAUGGCAGUGCAUCAGAGAACAGCUGUUGUAUCUAAGUGAAAGUCAACACCUUAGAUGGCCGAUUAUCUGCAUAUAUGUAACUAAAGCACAUUUCAACUUGUUCUGUGCUGCAGUUAGGAGCUGCUAGUUGUGUAAUACCACUUCUGCUCGUAUUGUUAUUCUUCAAGUUACAUUAACACACUUCUUCAAAUUAUACUGAUAAAAUUGUGAAGCACCUCAGUUUUAGGGCCUCCAAAAGAUAAAUCAUUUGAAAGCUAUGAAAGCCUAAAUGAUUGAAUGUCUACUAAUAUAACAUGACUGAUCAUGUGAAAUUUGGACUUUUUCAGUGACUGGUUUAUAACUUUAUAUAUCCACUAUAUUUAAAAGCAGAACUCCCAUAUUUAAUAACCCUAUUCUCAGAUAUUACCUGCAGAUUAAUUUGUAGACAACCUUGCUCAUUUUUGUAUGAGAUGUUAUUUUCUUUGUGUUUAAUAAAGAUUUUUGAUAAGAAUACCUGUUAAGGUACUUGAUUAUUUAUGAUGGUCUUAAGGUAAGAAGUAUGCAGGUAUGACAUGGGACUGAUGUAUAAUUUCUGUACUUACAGUUAUGAAAAUGUUUGACAGCCAAACUAAAGCUAGUAAUUUUUUUAAAAGGUUUAAAAAAAAAAGAUAUUGUCUCUGAUUUUACAACACAUUCAUUUACUGAAAAAGACUCAUCAAAUUUGGGGAGUUACCCAUAUACUAGAGGAGGGAAUGGAAGAGCUAGAUAUCAUGAACGCCUUUUUCAUUUGACAUAAAUGACUUUCAUAGAAUCCAAAUUAGCAUUUAUCAGAUGCUUUGUUAACAAAAAAAGAGGUUCAGACACCCUUUACAUUUUUAAGUUUUAGUUGGCUAUCAAGCUUAGCUGCAUUAAUUUUCUAAGGAUUUUUUUUUUACCCAAUAGUAUGUUAAUAUUACCAGGUAAAAUAUUUUGAUUAUAUAUAGGUAAAUAUUGGGAACACAGCCAUUGAUAAGAACAUGGUGAGAUUUAAUUGGUUUUUGGUGUUGCUUAAAGGAGGAACAUUAACCAGGACACACAUGCUGUUUUUGAAAUGGUGAAUGAGAUCUUUUAAAUCUAUCUGCAAUGUUGACUGACAUACACUUAAAGCAAUAGGCCCUCUGUACAAAAUGUUCUUUACUAUUUUGUUAUCAGUUAGUGUGCUGCUGCCAAUGGCUGGAAUCAAUUACCUUGUGUGACUACACUUACUGUAUCUUUACAGUGCCUAAUGUAACAAGCCAUAGGCCAUCUGUAAAUGGGAAGAUUUUAAUUGUUCAAGUCAGCUAUGAAUAACUAAGAUUUAUUUUCUUGUGCAGGCAUUGUUUGAAUAUUAAUGACUUAUUACAUAAUAUUAAAGUUUAUAUUGUGAUA